CGGAGAUAGCCCAAAGUCCCAGCAUGCAGCGGUGCCCCGGCUGGGCAGAAGUCCUCCUCCCUGGACGCUCGCUGCCCGUAUUACGGAACUGCGGGGCCUGGUUCCAAACCCGGAAGUGCUAGGGGGAGGGCCGCGGCAAGUCUGAACCCGCCCCUAGCAACCGCUGCGGGGCGCCCUUAGCCGCGGCGGCCAUGCCGGUCUGGGUGCGGGAUUACAGCUGGCGGCAGACGGACACUGCGGUUUUCCUCUCCCUGCCGAUGCGGGGUGUCCGGGUCACCCAGGCAAACAUCUUCUGCACUGACCAGUAUCUGAAGGUAAACGUUCCUCCAUUUUUAUUUGAAGCCAUUCUGUAUGCUCCUAUUGAUGACACUAGUAGUACAGCAAAGAUCAGAAAUGAGACCAUUUUCUUCACUUUAUAUAAAAAAGAAGUGGCCAUGUGGGAAUCCCUGGUUAUGGAAAACGGUAACAAAGAGAAAAUGCAGAGAAUAAGGGAGAAUGCUAUAAUAAAAGCCCAAGAGAAAGCAGAUGAAGAGGAAAAAUCAAAAGCUGUUACAAAACGAGAACAUAAAAAAUAUGCUCUGGAGGCCACAAUGAAGCUAGAAGAUACAGAGAGAAAAAGAAUUGAAAAUCUGAAAGAAGAGGAGCGAAAGAAGGUCACUGAGGAGCUGGAGAGAUGGAAAGAAAAGCAGAGAAAUGAGGAGAAACAAAGAAAGAUACAAAAAGAAGAGGAAAUACGCAGAGAAGGGAAACUAAUAGAGGAGAAGAAAAAGCAAGAAAUAAAUAAAGCUAAAACUCUAAAUGCAGGAACUUCCAAGACUAGAAGUAUAUCUACAAGAGCUGGUAGUUCUGAAAAUAUAUUUUCAGGGAAGUUAAAAGAAGAAUCUUUCCCUGCUCCUCGAUCUGCUGGUACUAUUAAAAUUAGUUUCACAUCUCGGGUGUUUCCUACAGCUCUCAGAGAAUCCCGAGUAGCAGAAGAGGAAGAGUGGCUGAAUAAGCAAGCAGAGGCUCGUAGAGCAAUGAAUGCUAAUUUUUCUGAGCUGAAGGAUUUAAAUGAGGAGGAGAAGAACCCAGACUGGUUGAAGGACAAAGGAAACAAAAUGUUUGCAACAGGAAACUAUCUUGCAGCCGUAAAUGCCUAUAACCUAGCAAUUCUGUUAAAUAAUAAGAUUCCAGUACUGUAUCUGAAUCGUGCUGCUUGUCACCUUAAAUUGAGAAACUUGCACAAGACCAUUGAAGAUUCAUCUAAGGCACUAGAAUUACUGAUACCACCUGUUCCAGAUAAUGCUGAUGCUAGAGUGAAAGCUUAUGUGAGGCGUGGGACAGCAUUUUGUCAGCUGGAAUUGUAUGCUGAAGGUCUCCAGGAUUAUGAAUCUGCUCUCAAGAUCGAUCCUACAAAUAAAACUUUAGAACAAGAUGCUGAAAAGAUUCAACAUAUAAUUCAUGGAACUGCACAAGAUUCUUAACAAAGGCUAGAAUCAGCAUGGUGGUGUAUUUAACAGGUUGGAAUCAGGAAAACCCUUAUUUCAAAUUCUGCCUGAGCCAGUGAAGUCACCAGACAUUUUGUUCUGCGCUCAUCCCAGUUAUAAAAUUGGGUAAAAGAGAAGAUACUUCUCAUAAGAACUACUAUAACUUGGGUAAAUAUAGAAAGAGAAGAAAAUAAUACACAUUUUAUUUUCUUA